UAGCCUCUCUGGCUGUUUGUUUCCGUUUGAAGCACGGCUUUCCACUCAAGAUCUUUUGAAUAAUAUCCUGGGAGUUCCAGCAGAUUGAUACUCUGGAUUAUUGAGCUCAUAAGAUACGGAAUUUGUGAACUUAUUCCUGAAGGUGGAAGAAAAAUCCAGCAAAUCCUUGGGAUGCAUUUACAGUUACUGAACUCACUACAGGCAAGUACAGCAUUGUUAUGGCUUUGGAUCUGCCGUAUCUGUAAUGGAAUUACAGAGGAAAUAAAUCCAUGGAACUACUAAUAAACAAUGAUUUCAGGCAAUGUCUUAUUUCUCACGAAGAGAGCUAAGAUAAUAGCAGUACUUCUGCACUCUGAGUCCUGCAAUCAUUAACUUUUGAUGCAUUCCUGAGCCUUUUAUCAAAUCUACUGUACAGUACUAUCUCUUCUGGACCUCACAGGCGAUACUACAAGAAUGCAUAAGGAUGUACACUGCAUAACCAUGUUGAUGUUUGAACAUUUUCUAAUCGUCUGAGAGAUGCCUCGGACAGGAAAUAGCAGUAUAUUAUAGAGGUGAAAAAUAUACUUGGAUUUAAGAUCCAAUUAAAUUUAUUAUUAGAUUGUUAAUUGUUGAACACUCCAUUAUGGUUAAUGGAAAUACCGAGUCGAACAGUUCCAGUCAUGGACUAAGUGAUGUUGAGCGAGUGUUGGUACCCGUAUUUGACAGCUUCAUUCUGGUAACUGGGGUGGUAGGACACAUCCUGGUUCUUAUCGUCAUCUGUCGUACGAUGCGGCGGGGAAGUGGACGGCCAGGUGGACUCCAACAAACAAAUGCAAAUGGCACAGAUGUUCUUCUUCUGUCAUUAAGUGUGGCGGACCUUCUCCUCCUUUCCUGUCUUCCAUAUCACACAGUCGCCAUUGCAACCCGUCACUGGCCGUUUGGAAGCUUCAUGUGCAAAUCUGUGAGUUUCUUGAGUGCGAUGUGUACGGCGGCGAGCGCGUUUACACUGGCCACUUUGGCUUUUGCGCGGUACAUCAUCGUGGUGCAUCAGUCAAAAGCAUAUCAAUGGAGAAGAGAGGGACGUUUAAAAAUAGUUGCAGGUGUACUGUGGAUACCAGCGGUCGUCCUGGCAUCGCCUCAGUUUGCUUGGAGGACUCUGGACAACCAUAAAGCCCUUGAGAACCUGGCAUGUUUCAAUUUCCUGUCUGACCAAGGCCAGUUGGCUUACGGAGUGUGCCACUUCCUACUCGCUUUUGCAUUUCCCCUUGGGAUCAUUGCAAUAGCCUAUGCCAAGAUAUACCAUUUCCUUAAAACAACUAGACAGAACCGCACAACUCAGACUGACCGUUUGGAGCACUACCAUGUGCAUGUGACCCAGAUUUCUGCUUUGUUAGUGCUGGCUUUUGCAGUGUGCUGGCUGCCAUCCUACGGCUUGAUGUUUGCCCAAAUAGCUGAAGGUGAUAAAGCGGCUGGUCCUUUACCUUAUUUUGGACCUUUUGCUACCUUUGCUCGCAUAAUGGCAACCUCUUCUACAGUGGCCAACCCCAUUCUCUAUGUUUUCACAUCCGAGAAAUUCAGGAAGGAACUAAUGGACCUGGGUCGAAGAGUCUGUGGACAAAGACUCUCCUAAAGUUAUAUGGUUAAUUACCAAGAUUUAAUCCAAGUUGCUUACAUGCUUGAAUGGCUUUAUAUAAUGUGCUAACAAUGAACAACUUGUUUAUAAACUAAUGUGUAGAACAUUUUUGUGAUGCAACAAAUGACCAAUGGUUUGGGCAAUAAGGAACCUAUGUACAGAUUUUUUUGCACAGCCCUAUACUGUAAAACGCCAAGAAGAACCAAACAGCUAGCUUUGCACAAUAUGUAUGUUUUCGCCACUAGAGGUUGCAUGUUCAAAACUGUACAGAUGGGUGGAACGAUGGGAGAUGUUGUUUUCACAAUUCAAAACAAUAAAUAAAUAAAAAAGA